CCAAGUUCCAUCCGUUUUUCUCUUCAACCAUCAUGUUCAGAUCAAUAAUUUCUCGCUCGUCUCGUUGCUUUAAGGCAAAUAUGUUAAGGACGAAUGUUACCAGUCUUCGUAGAGCAUUCACCACAACAAGACACCGUGCAUCGGAAGAUGCUCCGCGUCUGAACUCUCUCGAUGCAUUGACUGAGGAAGAGGAAAUGAUUCGGGAGACAGUACGACGCUUCGCAACCGACGUUGUUCAGCCCAAGGUUCGAGAGAUGGAUGAAAACGAGCUAAUGAAUUCAGAAAUCAUAAAAGGGCUCUUCGAACAGGGUUUGAUGGGAAUCGAAACUUCCAGUGCUCAUGGCGGAUCGGAGUCUUCGUUCACUUCUGCUAUCAUCGCGAUUGAAGAGUUAGCCAAGGUCGACCCAUCUGUUUCCGUCCUGUGUGAUGUUCAUAAUACGUUGGUCAAUACCGUCAUACGCAAGUACGGGACUCAAACACAGCAAGACAGGUGGUUACCUCAACUGGCCACGGAGAAGCUAGGAUCUUUCUGUCUCUCGGAGCCGGCGUCGGGAUCAGAUGCUUUCGCACUUCAAACCAAAGCGCAGAAAGCCGGGGAUGACUACGUCUUGAACGGAACGAAGAUGUGGAUUACUAAUUCUUAUGAGGCGGACAUAUUCCUCAUCUUUGCCAACGUCGACCUUUCAAAAGGCUAUAAAGGCAUUACAUGCUUCAUCGCCACGAAAGAUAUGGGCAUACAAAUUGCGAAGAAGGAGCAGAAACUCGGUAUCAGGGCAUCCUCAACAUGUACAUUGAGCUUUGACGACUUCAAGGUACCCGCAGAGAAUGUCAUUGGAGGUGUUGGCCAAGGAUAUAAGAUUGCGAUAGAAAUUCUCAACGAAGGACGCAUCGGUAUUGCCGCACAGAUGAUCGGCCUCGCACAAGGCGCCUUCAACCUCGCUGUACCAUACACGUAUACUCGUUCUCAGUUUGGACAACCCAUCGGUACAUUCCAAGGCAUGGCAUUCCAAUUCGCGGAAGCCGCCACACAAAUCGAAACAGCACGGUUAUUGACAUAUAAUGCCGCUAGGAGAAAGGAGAACGGGUUGAGUUUUGCUAAGGAAGCGGCGAUGGCCAAAUGGUGGUCUAGUCUCGUUGCUCAGAAGGUCAGUGGGGAUGCGAUUGAAUGGAUGGGUGGACUUGGUUUCACGAGGGAGACUGGUGUAGAGAAGUUUUGGCGAGAUUCAAAGAUCGGUGCGAUAUACGAGGGAACGUCAAAUAUUCAAUUACAAACUAUCGCAAAAUUUAUUCAAAAAGAGCACUCGCAGUGAAAAUUAAUUGUUUUUCCACUAGCACUACACUGGAUACUACUUCUUUACUAAUCACAGAAUUAAAG